CUGAACUCUUCCUACUUCGAAAUUUAGAGAGAGAGAGAGAGAGAGAGAGAGAGAGAGAUGGAAAGAUGCACAUUAACAGCAACAACCUCCUUUAAUGGCAGCCUCGGCCAAAGGUCCACCUUCCAAACUACAGAUAUAUCUCCUCCUUACACCAGAUUCCAAUCCAAACCCAAUUUCAGAGACGGUUCCUUCUCUUCAUAUAUCCGUCCUGAUACUGCUACAACCGUCGCAAAACCAUCCCUCAAACCUGCCGUUGGAAAUCGAACUGACGACACUGAAAUCAGCAUAUUCGACGCGAAGCAGUAUUUCGAUGAAAACCCAGAUCAGAAACAGAUCAAGACAUCUCAGCCACUCGAUCGAAUUGCGGAAAGAUGCGAUCUUUCUACCGCUCCACGCCUCUCCUCUGUUUCUUCUGUAGAUGGGUUUGGGAGAAAUUGCAGAAGUGGAUCUUUCCAUGCAACCCCAACAGCUUCUUCAGAAGCUAGUUGGAAUAGUCAGUCAGGGCUUCUUUCAAAUCCGCCGGGUUCGAUUUCAAUCUCCAUGAAAAAUCUCCCUUUGAAUGGGCAUAGAAGAGGGUCAUCUUCUUCCAGAAAAUGGCUCUUUGGAAGAAAAUGCCCCUGUUCUGGGAAGAAAUCUGUCGAUGUCGAAGAGAAAUUCCCAGAACCCAAACACCCAAUUCAUUUGAAUUCAAAUCCCAACGGCUCUGUAAAUCUUAAGAAACAGAGUUUCAAAGCAGGGGAAUCUGUUUCCAUGGAGAAAGGAGGUAAAGAGAGCGAGAAAGGAAUUGGAAUUGAGGAGAUGGCAAAUUUGAAAUUAGUGGCUGGAAGUUGGGCAAAAGAUCAGGAGUUUACACCGGAUUUAGGCAGUUUUACACCGGAUACAUGCAGUUUUUCAUCGGAAAAUGGUAUUGCAGCAGAGAUUGGUCACCGGAUUGUCCCCUCCGGGAGGUCUUUUGGCGAUAUGGGUGGUUUUACUUUUCCCAUAUUGAAUCCACCGGCGGCCGGAAAACUGCUUGGGGCGAGUCCGGCGAACCACUUGGAGGACCUGCCACGGGAGUCGCUGGAGGUAUUCCGACCGGCAGGGGAUGCCGGCACCGUUCGGAAAUCAACGGAGUUCCAGCAUCGGGUGACAGUGCCAUUCCCAGGAGAUAACGGCCGCCGGAGCUUCACGUUUCCCACAAGCCCGAAGGGCCGGGCGGUGGUAACGGACGACGACGUCGCCAGCGAUUCAAGCUCAGACCUCUUCGAGAUCGAGAGCUUCUCGACACAGGCAACGUCAUAUCCAAUGUACCGCCGCCGAGACUCGCUCGAUGAGGUGACGAGCUAUGAGGGGCGGCGGGUCGGCGCCCCUUCGCUGGGGGUGUCACAAUUCCGCCAGAGCCUCGAUGAGACAACUGCAUCGAUGGCUCCGACGGAAUGUUACGAGCCCAGUGAAGUGAGCGUUGAUUGGAGUGUGACCACGGCGGAGGGGUUCGACCGCAGUAGUGCGGCGAAUUUCUCCACCGUGUCAGAAUACGAGGAAAUCAGGUUCACACAAUUGGAGUCUGAGAAGACCACCUCCGCCCUAGGCGGUGGGGUGGCUAAGCGGAAGAGUAAUGGUCUAUUGAGCUGCCGGUGUGAGAAAGCGGUUAGCGUCGGGCCCCAGCCGGUGAAAUGUGGGCCUGAUCACCAAAGGAUGAGCCCACCAUCUUUCCCUAUCGAAUCAGCGCGGAUUUCAGCCAUGUCGAGAUUGGCCACCGUUAGCUCGGUGCACGCGGCGCGGGCUGUGGCUGCCUCCGAUAAGCCACCCCUCGCACGCUCACAUUCGGCCCGUAUCGCACGUACGAUCGUGACAAGGUAAUCGGGCCGCACAUGUGUUUCGGGUGCAAAUGUGACCGCAAGUGCGUGCUACAUGCAUGCAUGUUAUUGGCACCUGUGUGGAUAUGUUUCCUUUAUGUGUUUGUAUGAGUUAGGGAAAUCACAUGAGUGAUGUAUUUUAUUUUAUUUUUUUUCAUGUUUGCUUUGGUGUAUGCAAGUGAUUGUUUCCAUUCAAUUCGUGUAAUUCCAUUCAAUUUCUUUCUUUUUUUU